AUGAUGAAAGGUUCUAGAAGAACAGGCAAUAACGCGGCUACUACGCUAAACACUCCUGUGGUCAUUCAUGCCACGCAGCUGCCCCAACAUGUUUCUACUGACGAGGUCCUUCAAUUUCUGGAGGGGUUUAUUAAUGAGAAGGAAAAUAUUAUCGAUAGCACCACGAUGAACACCAUCAGCGGCAGCGCCGCUGACGCAGACGCUACCGCUGUGGCUAACCCCGGUCUCAACAUGGAUACUAACCUUUCCAGCUCCAUAUCGCAAUUGAAGAGAAUUCAGAGAGACUUCAAGGGUCUGCCACCCGCCCAAGACUUCUCUGCCGCGCCCAUUCAGGUCUCCACGGCGGAGAAGAAGGAAACUAGCAUAGGUGUCAGUGCCACCGGCGGCAAGAAAACCACAUUCGCCGAUGAAUAA